UUCCGAUCAGCCAAUUCCUACAGAAAUGUCCCUUAAGCUUCUCGCGUAAUAAUAGCACUGUCUUCGAGUCCUCUUCAGGUUUAUCCCCCUCCCCUGCCUUUUAAUUUGCUGUAACUUAUAACAUGAAGAAUGUAGAGAUAUCCCUCUAUAAGGAGAAUCGACGAGUAAUGCAAAGACUGACAGAUGUCAGAAACUUGGAAUGCUGUGGUUAAGGCGCACGGAGAGGAAGAGGAGGAAGAGGAGGAGGACGAGGAGGAGGAAUCAAAGUCAAAUGAAGAAUGUGACAAGGAUCAAGCCUUAACAUCAAUAACUUAUAGUAGUACAUUUUUGAAUGAUGACAUUAUUGACAUAUCCAGGCUUGAUUUGGAAGAUGAAGAAACUUGGCUUUUACAAAGCAAUAAAAGUGAGUUAUCAUGUUGUGAUCUUCGUAGUUGGCUCAGAAGAGAUUUCCACGAAGGCUGUACAAAGCCAAAUAAUAAUAUUACAAAUGACAAUACUGAGCUUGGAUUAUCAAUCGACACUAGGACAUUUACACGAUGUAAGAAAAAAAUGGCCAAACUGAACUUUGAUUGUAUAAAAGAAACAACAUUACCUGGAGUUAUUUAUAAUGAUAGUGAAUCAUCAUUGAAGAAAAUGAAAAUCAAUUGGAAGGAAGAGGAAACAAGAAAUGAAGACUCCAUUCCUGCAAUGUUGAGGCAAUCAUUAACAGGCAUAAUAUUACCAUCCAGCGUUAAUGCUCAAGAAAGCUUGGAAGCUUUUCUGGAUAUGUCACAAUCAAAAUGCAUAGACUCGUUCAUUAAUAUGGCUGAGCCUGAAUUUAACGAUAGUCUUAUGAAUAUAUCUCGUCCUUCUUUCUUGCAAACAACAAUGUCAAACCACUCAAUGCACUCAAUUUGUGGAAUGACUAAUAUUGAAAUGGCAGAUUCUCAAAUUCUUACGGAUUCCAUGAUGCAAACUAGUAUGUUUAAUGAAAUGGAUGGUGAUAUUGUAAACGUUAAUUUAUCCCAAACUAUUGAUAAAAAUUGGCUAGAUUCAUCAGCAGCUGCUACUGUAUUGAAAGAUAUUUCUGCCAAUGAUGGUGAUAAGACAUUCACUCCAAUUGAUUUUCAGAGGGAAAUUUCAAAUAUCGAUAAUCAACAUCAACAUUUAUGUUCAAUUAAUAAAACAUUUAAUAGGCUGCCAUCAUCAGAUAGUUCAAAUUUGAGUAGAACAAUUACAGAUUCUGAGAAGAGUUGGACUUGUUUAAAUACAAUCGAACAAGCAAAAAAUUUCAAUAAAACUUUUUCUUCAAAUAGUUCAUUUUCGAAAAUUUCACUAAAUUCAACAUUCAAAACACCUGGAUAUGAUGAUGAGAUAAAAAAUAACAUUAUUGAGCAGGAGGAUGAAAUGUCAUCGAAUACAACAUAUGUUGCUGCUACUGCUAAUGAUGAAGUGACUUUUCCAUUUACGCAAUAUACAGAGGAACCAACAACAAUAGCGCAAAAUAAUGAACCCACAUCGCUUGAUGUAACAUAUUCCAAGAGAGAUGUUAUCAUGUUGAAUGAAUCUAUUAAUAAUAUUAUAAAAUUGUCACCAUCGACAGAAGAUGAAAUCUAUCAAGGUCAAAAUGAUGGUAUGCCUGUGAAUCGUUAUCAAACGUAUCGAAAAUCUACAGCAAUUAAUAAAAUUGAUUCUGUGAAUAAGUUGGCCAAUCCUAUUGGUAAAAUUCCAUUAAAUUAUGAUGAAAAUUAUCGGGGAAAGUCGAUGGAAAUAUUGGAUAAGUUGAGUAGUAAAACACUUGAUUCUCAGCAGAUUUAUACGAAAUUAAAUGGGCCAAAGUCUUUGUCUCGUUUACCUCAAACUCUUCAAAAAUCUAAUCCCAAUCUGCGAUCGCAUAAUUCUACUUUUGCAAAAGGUAAAACAACAACAACAACAACAACAACAAAAAUAACUCGCCAAUCAAAAUUUGGUUUUCAAUCUAUUGGAAGGGGAAUAAUGAAAAAUGGCCAGCCAAUAGUGUCUAAUCGAUUAACUAAUUUGGCUAAAGUACAGGGAGCAGAAUUUGAUAAAACGCAUACUAGAAACUCAAAUGAAAGCAUUGAGAGUACAUUAAGCACUUACAGUGGUCCAGAUUUUGACGAUGGCUUGAGUACAUGUUCAGACGGUAGCCAUCACUUGAAUUGUGAAAAAAGUACAAAUUCUGCUGAGCAACUUUAUAAAAUCGUUGGAAUGCAGGAGGAGAAAUUGAGUCAGGAGUCAACACCAAAAGCAGAUAGGAAAAUUUUGGACAAUACAUGGAUCGCCAGUGGUACAGAUCUUCCAUCACCAAUUCUUAAGAAUAAUGAGAUAUUAGACAAUCAAGUGACUUGUUCAGAUAAUCUUGAUACGGUCAUUCAAACGAGUUCACCUCUCAUUAGUCCUGGUGAAUCUCUACAAACUUUUCCUCAAAAUCAAGCGAACCAUAUAGCUGACGACGAGAAAAUAAUGAAAAUGGAUAAAAGUCUUCCGUUGAAUAAAUUAUCGUCUGUGUUCAAGCCAGCCCCGAAUCAUGAAAAUAAGACUGAUGGUGUUCGUUUACCUGUAAGCCGUUCAUCCAAUCUACCAAGUGGAAUACCUCGGCCAGCAUCGCGAAUUCCGGCACCUAGAUUCUCAAGAACUAAUGCACAAGUGAAAAGUCAAAAUAAUAUAAAGAAGGGCCUUUUUUGACAAAAAAAAUUGCUGAAUUGCUCGAGUUGCUUUACAACUUUUUCAUUUAAUAAAUUAAAUUUUUAUAUAAAUGCGUUUUUUUUUUUUUUUUUUUUUUUUAAGAGUCUGAGGCCUUCUCCAUAAAUGGACAAUAUGAACAGAUAAGAAUUAUGAUUAAAUACAUAUCAGAGAAAAUUUUAUAAAUUAAUUGCGACUGUAGAUAUAAACGUGCAAAAAUCCGUUCAUGGAAAAAACGGAUGGAGACAAAAUGAGAAUAUAGUUAAGAAAAAGGCCUUGAUUUAUUCCAACUACCGCUGUGCCUUCUAAUGAUUAAAAUGAAAAUGAUAUUGUUAGGUUAAACUUAAGGUUUUUAUAUUAUUGCGACAUGUAUUGUUUUUUCUUCUCGACAACAAGUUAUUUUUUAUUCAAUUCAUUAAUGUUGAUACAAUAAAACUGCCGAUAUUGAAAAUUAUGAA